AGAUUCUAACACUGACGUUUGGUUCCUAGGUGCUUGGAUCAACUUUUUCCCAAGGUAGUCAUGCUGCAGGAGCAACAAGAGCAGAAACCUGCUCGGUCUGAUCCUCCGGUGGACAUUCACACACCUGCUUCUGCAAAAUCCCAGGACAUUUCUCACGUGUUGGCCAGCACCUUUAAGGAACUUUACACCAACGUGACACCAUGCAACCUUAUAAAGGCAAAAGGGAGGAGCAACUAUCAUGACAAAUAUGUUGAAGAGCUCAAACGGGUUCGGGCUGAAUAUAACCAGCGGAUAAAAGAAGCUGAUAUGCUGGAGAGCCACAUCAUCCAGGCCAGAGCUCGGGCGGCUGGCACGGAGCAACGGACCACGGAACGGAUGAAGGAGGACUUCAUGGAUGUGCCUGAUCUUCAGGGCCUCCCUCCAGUCAAGUCAGCUUUUAUCUGGCACGUUGAUGAAGGGCUUCUUCAAGUAAAUGACCUCAUUUCACCACUGGACUAUAUAAAGCCGCAAAAAAUACAAAUGAAGGCUCCAGCAAUUGUAAAACCAGAUCUUACCAGACCAACCAUUGCCUACACCAUGCAUGUGGCUAAAGAGGUGAACGACAACACGCUAUGGAGAAUGAGGAACGAGUCCGAGUCCAACCAAACUGUGGAGUGCAGCUCACUGGUCCUAAAGAGCAGGAAGUCACCCACUGAGAAGGUACAGACCAGACCUUUGCCCAAGUGGAAGGAUGAGCCGAGCGCAACGGAUCAAGCGGAGGGCAACAGUAAACUCCAAAAGAUGAAGGAACGGCAACGCAUUCUCCAAAAUCCACGCUUCCUGCCUCCGAAAGAUCACCAGGGUGCCGCCUCCCUCAUCCGCCCUCGGACGGUGAAGAAGGACGACGGCAUGGAAAGCUCCGAAGAAAGUCCAGUUGAGGUGUUCCUGGCCAUACCACCUGUUGUGCUCUUCACAGUCUACAAUGUGGGACAGGUGUAUGAGACAACACUGGAGUUAAAAAAUGUGAGCUUUUCCAGCCGUGACAUUCGAGUCCUACCGGCGAGCAGUUCUUACUUCACUAUUGGUCUCGGGAGAUUUCCUGGCAAAGGCGGUGUUGUCGCUCCAGGCAUGAGUUGUAAGUUCAACGUGCGCUUCGCUCCAGACUCCCUUGCCGACUAUGAAGACCGCUUAGUGGUGGAAAGUCAGGGCGAGCAUGUCCUCGUGGUCCCCAUCAAGGCGCAGAGGCCGCCUCCUGUUCUGACCUUGCCGAAUGUUCUGGACUGUGGUUAUUGUCUCAUCGGGGGAGUGAGAUGUGUUGACUUCCUUUGUCAGAACAUCGGUCUCAGUGCCGGAACCUUCUGUAUCGUCCCAAAGAAUCAGUGGCCAAUCACCGAUCCCAGGUCGGUGGUUACAAGUUGUUACUCAGACCAGCCUCCCUUUGCCGUCAGCCCAUCUUUCUUUUCUCUGCAGCCUGGCGACACCAUUGUCGUCGAGGCUCUUUUCUUUCCCACCACCACCGAACGCAUUUGCCGGAUUUUCACAAUCGCGUGCGACAAUUGCCAAGUGAAAGACUUUUGCGUUCAAGGCGAAGGCCAAUCGAUCGCUCUUGAGCUGUUGUCCGUUUCCGGCAAGGAGCUGCCUCUUAUUUUAGGGGAGGUGCACGACAUCACCGCAGACUACUUUGUCCGAUUCGAACCGGGCAACCUUCACACGGUUCAUCAGAAGACGAUAGUCGUCAGAAAUAAUGUCCAUUUGGAGCUGGCUUUUCACUGGCACAUCAUGAAGCCCAACCUCCAGCCGCUCCUUCCCUGUGAACUCCCCGACCCCUUAUCCAUCCAGUACCAACCUGACAGAGAUGACAUUUUCCAAGUCAACCCGGCUUUGGGAAUUCUGACCCCCUGCCAGGAUCGAGAGUUCACUAUCUCCUUCUUUCCCAAGGAGAUGCAGGAUUACCACAGCGUGUGCCAUUUAGUCCUGAGCGACAUCCCCCAACUGCCCUUGGAGACCAACGACGAGAGCAGAUCCGGCACCCUGCAGCCCGUUCGCGUCGGCUCCAAGGUGAGCGACACCACCGUCAUGGAAAUCGAAGUCAAAGGUUCUACGGAGCCUUUCAACAUCCUGCUGGUGCCCUACGCCCUCAUCAUCCCCGGGGAAAUUCUUAUUUCCACCACCACCCGGCGACAUUUUAAGAUGUGGAAUAACAGCAAAACACCUGUCUCCUUCCAAUGGGACCCGGUGAGCAGCACUUGUCACAAAAUAGAAGUGGAGCCUGCUACUGGAAAAAUUGACGAGAAAAAGUGUUUUGCUUUUGAACUGGUUGUAACCGGAGGCAAACCGGAGAAGGUGGUGACCAGUCUGCUCUGCCACAUCGAGCACCGUUCCGAACCCGUCACCUUGGUGGUGGAGGUCACCUUCAAGGGUCCCAGUGUGAGUAUCAGCGUACCCAGCGUGGACUUUGGUCUCAUGAGACUCGGGGACCAGAGCAGCAAGACGCUAUACCUCGACAACGUCACGCAACUGGAUGCUUCCUGGACGCUAGAGGAGGUGCACAAGAGUCAAGAUGAUGGACAAGAUCAGCAGCUGACUGUCGAGCCAUGCAGUGGGGUGCUCCCCCCUUUGACCGGCUGCAGUGUGGAGAUCCACUUCAGGCCGGAGUUCUGCCAAGAACUUGAAACGGAACUGGAGCUGUCAGUAGAGGAUGGGACAGGAUGUCACCUACUCGUGCGUGCGGAUGUGCAGUCUCCUCAGCUGUGUCUACUGAAUUGCGAGCUUCUCCUUCCUGAACUCUACAUGGGAGUAGCUGCAGAAGGGACCGUCACUAUCUACAACCAGACGCUCUUGCAAUCCAAUUUCUGCUGGGUGGAAGCGCUAAAGGGUCAGCAAGCAUCUUUUUGUUCAGCAACCUUUGAACCCCUGUCAGGCACUUUAGGACCAAACGCCAGCUUGGAUAUCACAGUCUCCUUCAUAUCCCAAACAGAUUCUGCACUGAAUGAUGUCAUCGCACUCUGCGAGGUGGAGGGCAUGAACUCGCCUCUUGUUCUCAGCAUCCUGGCGCCCACUACCCAGAAACUCAGAGUGUCCUACUCACUCCCUGACACCAGUCCCGUUCCAGACAACAAGGGGCAAGCGGAGUUGACGAUCGAUUUUGGUGACGUACUGCUGGCGCAACCUGUCACCAAGCAGCUGCUUAUGACCAAUCACACCGCCAUCACGGCAUCUUUCACCAUCCAGGCGGAAUAUUUCACCUGUGACGUGGAAAAGCCCAGCACCCCAUCACAGAAAAGCUCCCAUUACAUGAAGAAGCCGCUUCACUCCGUCCAAGCCAAGAAAUUAGAGGAGCAAUCACACAAGGACUUUGUGAGCAGCUUGCUGGCUAACAGAAAAGGUGCAGCCUUCUUCAUCGUGCCAAGUGCCGGAACGCUGGAACCCUUUGAGACCCAAACUGUGGACGUGACCGCCUACAGCGACGUGUGGGGGGAGUACAAAGAUAAUCUCAUAUGCAAUGUGGGGGCCAUUGAGCCCACCCACCUCCCUAUGCAGAUGCUCGUGAAAGGCUGUCCGCUCUACUUCCAAAUCAUAGGCCCGCGUCCCAAAGACCAGUUCCAGGGACCCAAUGUACAGUUUGGUACUCGUUUAUCUGGAGGUGAAACUAUUUUCCGUUCUCUUCGCAUCAACAACCCCACCUUGUUUGAUAUCCGUCUGGACUGGGAGAUGUACAACAUUUUUCCGAACGACCGCAAAGUGGUGGACGUCAUGAUGUCGUACGGGGAAAGCUUCCCUCUCAAGGAGUCUGACGACAACCCCGAGGGAGCGUCGAAGCUUUCUAACGGCGAGGCCGCCUGGAAAAGGACUCACAUGUUAAGCUCGGAGGCUUCGUGCUGCAGCUCUGCUGGCACGGAACAAGAAGAAACAACCAAAGAUGAAAACAACAAACUAUGUCUUCCAAAAAUAAAAAUGCUGUCUGUCCACAUUCGAGCCCAUGUGGGAGACAAGUCAAACGAACCCUACUGUGUCACACCGCAGCAAAUCAUCAUCCCGGCACAAGGGAGCAACACCGUGAAUGCGUCUUUCACCCCGCUCACCCUGAGCAAAACAUCUUCCCAGUCCACAUGCAUAGGCUUGGGUCUGGGCUUCAUUAGUCUGGACUCCGAGGAGGCUAUCUGUGUGCCGGGUAAGGUGACACGACUCCAUGGUUUGGAUCUGGAGCCCAUCCGAGUGGACCUCCUGGCGGUGAUCAAGCCUGCAGUGCUCUUAGUACAGAUGGAAGACGACAAUAAAGUUUUGGGAUUUCACACAUCAGCUGGUGAUUUAGUGAAUACAGAGGGAGAGCAGGUGUUCCUGGAGGAAUUUGACAACGUGCAGAGCUUCCUGCUAAGAAACCCCACUGAGAUGGGCCUGGUCUUUCGACUCAUAGCUCAGCCGCCGUUUUCAUUGCACAAGGAGCCGACUCAGUCAGGGUCCAACGCCUACUGCAGAUGGUCGGCCGCUGACCCCCAGACGUUGAUUCUACGUUCCCAAAAUAGCAUGCUGGUGAGGGUGGCCUUCUGCUGCUCGCCGUCACUUUUAGAGCUCAUCGAGCAUCCCGUAGACGGCGUGACGCUCCUCACCAGUGACGAUGGAUACAAGCAGCUGAAGAUCGAGCAGGAUCUCAUCAUUCACUACAACAACAACAGCCAGCAGACGGUGCCGCUGUGCGCCCACGUGGAGCUUGCGACGCUAAGAUUGUCCACCGAUCACAUCGAUUUCGGACUCUGCUACUUGGGGCAGAUGCAGGAGAAAGAAAUCAAGCUCUAUAGUAUCGGCUCCCGAACUCACUGGUCAUUGAUUAUAGAGUCGAGUGAGGACACUUCGAAUGUCUUUAGCGUGACGCCCACCUCCGGGCUUCUCCGCUCCAAGGACCACCAACUGCUUCACGACCACUACCAACGUUUGGAGAUCAGCUUCACCGCCAGUGCAGUGAAGCAGUACAAGGCCACAGUGGUGAUCACCUCUUUGCUGGAGAAGAAUCCGCUUAUUCUGGAGCUCCAAGGCACAGGAUCCCGACAGAUGUAGUUGAAAAUGGCCUUUUUUCCCCCCUGAGCUAUUCAAAUUUAUUUUUGUAUGAUAGGAAUGUUAAAAUGUUAUUUUAAAAUAACGCCAUUACAGUUGUUGUGUACAAUGUUAUGCAAUUGGCACCUUUUUUGUAAAUAAUGCAAAGCACAAAGAUAUUUAUAAUUUUCACAAAUGUCACUGUGAAAGAAAUUAAUGUUUCAUCAUGAA